ACAAGUCAUUAGAUUAUCAUUUUUGACGAUAAACAAUACAAAACUGAGAGUGCAAAUUUUUGGCCGGAUUUUUUUUCUGUUCCAUUAUUGAUUGUUAUUAGUUUUUGUUUCCUAGAUUAAUCAUUUUCAUAAGUAGGCAUAAAAAAUUGAAGCGGGUUUCACAGCAAUGGACGCAUCACCAUCAUCCGAACCAUUUGGCCGAAGAUGGAUGCACGUUCGAAAAAUUUUGGAACGUUCUGGUCCAUUUUGUCAACCAGAAUUUUCACCAUCCGUAAAUAUAUUUGAAUUUCUGAUGAAAACAUGUAAAAUAUUGGUGAUUGGUGCCGGCGGUUUGGGCUGUGAAUUGCUCAAAGAUUUGGCUUUGAUGGGAUUCUGUGAUAUUCAUGUCAUCGAUAUGGAUACGAUUGAUUUGUCGAAUUUGAAUCGUCAGUUUUUGUUCCGUCGCAACGAUAUCGGCAGUUCAAAGGCAUUAUGUGCGGCCAAAUUCAUCACUGAAAGAAUACCUUCGUGUAAUGUUACGCCACAUUUUUGCAAGAUUCAAGAUUACGAUCAAGAUUUUUAUCGAAAAUUUCAUAUUGUGGUGUGCGGUUUGGAUUCAUUGGUUGCCCGCCGAUGGAUAAAUGGCAUGGUAACAUCGUUGUUGGUUUAUGAAGAUGACGGAAGCAUCGAUCAAUCGUCGGUCAUUCCGAUCAUCGAUGGUGGCACUGAAGGCUUUAAAGGUGGUGCACGUGUUAUUUUACCAGGCGUAACAGCUUGCAUUGAAUGCACAUUGGAAUUAUAUCCGCCACAAAUUACAUAUCCAUUGUGUACCAUUGCGAAUACACCGCGUUUGCCCGAACACUGCAUUGAAUAUGUCAAAUUGAUUCAAUGGGAAAAAGAGAGUCCGUUUGACUCUGAAUUGGAUGGUGAUGAUCCGCAGCAUGUGUCAUGGGUUUAUGAAAAGGCACAAGAGCGUGCAAAUCAAUACAACAUAACUGGUCUUUCAUAUCGUCUGGUUCAAGGUGUGCUUAAGCACAUAAUUCCGGCCGUCGCAAGUACCAAUGCAAUUAUUGCGGCAAAUUGUGUUACAGAAGUAUUCAAAAUUGCCACAAGUUGCUAUCAAUUCUAUAAUAACAGUUUGCUGUUCAACGAUAUUGAUGGCAUUUAUACGUAUAUUUUUGAAUCGGAAAAGAAGGAGGACUGUUUGAAUUGCUCAAAUAUUCCGAUGACGGUAUCAUUUGAAUCGGCCGACUCAAUCACUUUGGAACGAUUGAUUGAAUUCCUGUGCACCGAUGUCGCUUUUCAAAUGAGAAGCCCAGGCAUAACGAUGAAUGUCGAUGGAAAAAAUAAAACACUGUACAUUUCAACGGUGAAAAGUCUCGAAGAGCGAUUGCGACCAAAUUUGAAGCUAACGCUCGAAGAAUUGAAUGUGAAAAAUGGCCAAGAGCUAACGGUUACCGAUCAAACCAAUCCAAAUUCGGUUACGAUUCGCAUUAAAUACACAAAUGAAGUUUGAACACAUUUAUUUUCUUUUCCAAAUGGGAAUUUACUCACAAUUAUGAGUAUUUACUCGAAUAAAUGUCUACGUCAAAUCAAUCAGUUGGAUAAACUUAAACAGAUUCAAAUAUCAUGUAUCCCAAAUUAAAAAAAAAAAAUAUAAAAAACACGUGAUAAAAGAAAUCUUAUUCGAAUAAAAGAAGUUCAAAGUAA